UACGCCAUGGGUGUCCCACUCCAGUCCUCCGCCGCCGGCGUGCUCGCCCUGUUGUCCGACCCCGAGCCCCAGCUCAAGCACUACGCGCUCAAGGCUCUCAACCAGCUUGUCCCUCAGUUCUGGGCUGAGAUUUCGGAGCACAUUGCGCUGAUCGAAUCUUUGUAUGAGAGCGAUGACCUUCCUCAGGAAGCCCAUGACUCUGCCGCGCUUCUAGCGAGCAAGGUAUACUACUACCUUGGCGAAUACGACGAGUCGCUCUCCUUCGCACUUGGCGCAGGGAGCGCGUUUGAGAACGACCCUCGCGGGCCUGGGUCCGAGGAGUAUGUGGAAACCAUUGUCUCCAAAGCAAUUGACCGCUACAUCUCGAGCCGCAAUGCCGAACAGACGGAAGGGAAGAUUGACUCUAACUUGCAAGAGAUUAUUGAGGGUAUCUUCCGACGAUGCAUAGCGGACGGCGAGUACCGCCAGGCAAUCGGUAUUGCUUUGGAGUCAAGACGUCUGGAUAUCAUCAAGUCGGUAUAUGAGCAAACCCGCGAUACUACCCUAUUGUCGUACGCCAUGGAGGCUGUCCUUGACACUGCUUUCCCUCUUGCCUACCGCGACCAGGUCCUCAAGUUCCUCUUCCCGCUCUUCCCUGCCCCCACAGCCGACGCGAAGUCUACUCACGUUUACGCUCUGACGCGUAUCCUUGUGACGCUCAACUCUCCCGAACUAACGAUCAACUUCCUGAACUCGCUUGUGCCGAAGCAGAAAUUGUUGGCGUACCAGUUCGCCUUUGACCUCGUCGAGGGUGGCGGCCAGGACUUCCUGGUAGCGGUUAGGAAAGAUCUCCCUGAGGGCAACGAAGAAACGAAGCCUAUCUACGACCAGCUCAAGAAGAUACUUCUUGGCCAGGAGUCCAUCAAGCUCUACCUUGAGCUCCUGAAGCGCAACAACAAAGUCGACAUGCUCAUUCUCAAGAACACCAAGGAGGCGCUGGAGCCCCGUUCAUCCAUCUACCACACCGCCCUUACUCUUCAGAACGCGUUCAUGCAUGCCGGGACGACCUCCGACGUGUUCCUUCGCGAUAAUCUGGAGUGGCUCGCGCUCGCAAACAACUGGUCCAAGUUCUCCGCCGCUGCUGCGAUUGGUGUCAUCCACAAGGGCCAUUUCCAAGAGAGCAUGAACAUCCUCGGCCCUUACCUACCCGCCCAGGGCGCUGAGAGCAGCAUAGGCAGCGCGGCGUACUCCGAAGGCGGUGCGCUGUAUGCGCUCGGGCUCGUCAACGCGGGCUGUGGAAGCGGCCAGGAAGUCGAGAACUAUCUCCGUAACUUGCUCAAGAACUCCGUCAGCGAAGUUGUGCAGCACGGUGCAGCGCUGGGUCUCGGAGUCGCGGGUAUGGGCGGCAAGAGCAUGGAAGCGUACGACGACUUGAAGACGACGCUGUUUACCGACUCCGCCGUGGCGGGUGAGGCCGCUGGUUAUGCCAUGGGUCUCAUCAUGCUCGGUACCGCCGAUAAGACAAGCGCGGAUGAGAUGUUGACGUACGCGAGGGAGACUCAGCACGAGAAGAUCAUUCGCGGUCUUGCGAUCGGUCUUGCUCUCAUUUUCUACGGACGGCAGGAAGAGGCGGACGAUAUGGUCAAACUGCUUAUGGCGGAGAAGGAUCCCAUAUUGCGCUACGGUGGUGUCUAUACCCUUGCACUCGCGUAUGCAGGUACCUCCAACAACAGCGCUAUCCGCCAAUUGUUGCACGUUGCCGUUUCGGAUACGUCGGACGACGUUCGUCGCGCCGCCGUGACAAGUUUGGCAUUCCUCCUCUUCAAGACCCCUGCUCAAGUCCCUCGGAUCGUUCAGCUUCUCUCAGAGAGCUACAAUCCUCACGUACGCUGCGGUGCGACACUCGCCCUCGGUAUUGCCUGUGCAGGAACUGGCCUUCAGGACGCUGUGGACAUCCUCGAGCCGAUGACUCGCGACAGCGUCGAUUUCGUCCGUCAAGGCGCCCUGAUCGCUCUCGGUAUGAUCCUCGUCGAGCAGUCCGAGGCCUCUACACCAUCACUUGCGCCGACGCGUGCCCUGUACGCCAAAAUCGUCUCUGACAAGCAUGACGACCCGAUGGCCCGCUUCGGUGCUGCACUUGGCCAGGGCCUCAUUGAUGCUGGUGGCCGCAAUGUCACCAUUAGCUUGCAAAGCCGCGCUGGUAGUCGCAACACCGCCGCCAUAGUCGGCAUGGUGUUGUUCUGCCAGUUCUGGUACUGGUACCCCCUGGCCCACUGUGCUUGUCUCGCCUUCGAGCCGACUGGCAUUAUCGGUCUUGACGAGAGCCUCAAGGCGCCCAAGCUCGAGUUCAGUUCCAAUGCUAAACCUAGCCUGUUCGCGUACCCCGCUGCGACGAAGCCACCAAAGAAGGAGACGGUGGCCAAAGUCGCCACUGCGGUGCUCUCGACCACUGCCAAGGCUAAGGCGCGCGAGAAGAGGAAGGCUGCUGAGGCUGGCGAGCCCGUUUCUGAGGAUAAGAAGGACGGCGAUGUGGAGAUGAAGAGUGCCGAGGCGUCAACAUCGCGACAUGGCGACGUUUCUCCCAUCUCCUUGGCGGAGGGUGCGUCGAGGGGCCGCAAAGGCGAGCCCUCAUCCGAGAAGCUCUCCAACUUCUCCCGGGUUGUUCCCGCUCAGCUCGCCUACAUCACCUUCCCCACAGAAAGCAGGUACCAGCCUGUCCGCGUCAUCUCCACCCGCCCACCACCGGGGCCGAAGGCUCCGAAGACGGCUUCCUCCGUCGCCCUCGCAUCAGAGCGGUACGCCGGUGGCGGCGGUAUCCUCAUUCUCGCCGACACCCGUCCGGACGAGGAGCCUGACUACAUUGAGUUCGAGACGGCACCUGCCGCUCCGGCGGCAGCAGCAGCAGCGGCACCCGCUGGAAACCCAGCUUCCGCGACGGCAGGUCGCCAUAUCGCUCUGGAUGAGAGCGCGCCCGAGGUGGACCCGCCAGAAUCGUUCGAGUACCCUUUCGAUAAUGAUACGUAGAAGUAUGUCGUGUAUUCUUACUCCGGACUUUAUGCAAUUUCUUUUGCAACC